CGUAUCUCGGCUCAUUUCGGUUGAGCUCGGUGCCCAAGAAAGACCUUCGAUUGCUCUGGAUCGCACGCUGAUCGCUUCGUCUCGCCUGUUUGCCGCCGGUAUCGCCGUAAUUUUUUUUGUUUGAUUCUCGCGGACACGCAACGCCACGUAACAUACGUAUCCGCGAGUAGGCCGCUCGCGCGUCGGGAAACAGCAGGUAAAAAGUCAUGUCUCACGGCGGCAGAAACGAGUGCAGAAUAUACGUGGGCAAUCUGCCGCCAGACAUCCGUACAAAGGACAUCCAAGACCUAUUCUACAAGUUCGGUAAAGUUACUUUCGUUGACCUGAAAAACCGCCGAGGGCCGCCUUUCGCUUUUGUUGAAUUCGACGAUCCAAGAGAUGCGGAAGACGCGGUGCAUGCGAGGGACGGUUACGACUACGAUGGCUACAGAUUGAGAGUCGAAUUUCCGCGCGGCGGCGGCCCCAGCAACAACUUCCGCGGCGGACGCGGCGCCGGGGACAGUGGCAGGGGUGGCCGCGGCGAGAUGAGCAACUCUCGCGGUCGCGGCCCACCCGCGCGACGCUCGCAGUACAGAGUCCUGGUCAGCGGCCUGCCGCCUUCGGGCAGCUGGCAGGACCUCAAGGAUCACAUGCGCGAAGCCGGCGACGUGUGCUUCGCGGACGUUUACAAGGAUGGCACCGGCGUCGUCGAGUUCCUCAGACACGAUGAUAUGAAGUACGCCGUGAAGAAGUUGGACGACUCCAGAUUUAGAUCACAUGAGGGUGAGGUAGCUUACAUCCGUGUGAAAGAAGACCACAGCGGAGGCGACAGGGGACGCAGCGAAGAUAGGGAAAGGGGCCGUACUCGUUCGCGAAGCUACAGCCCACGGCGCCGUGGCUCUCCUACUUACUCGCCAUUGCGACGUAAUUACUCGCGAUCAAGAUCUCGUUCCAGAUCUCGCUCUUACGACUAGUAUGUACGUAUGUGUUUCACAUGGUAAUAUAAGUACAGGUUUAUAUUGAUAUUUGUUCUUUACCAUGUUUCAUUAUUACUGAUUUGAAUUUCACUCGAUAAAGAUUCCCUGAAGCCCAAUCCAAACACACAUAUUUUGUAAAAAAAGAAUUUAAAUUAAUUUCUUAAUAUUGCUUGAUUUUAAUAACUGAUUAAUUGAUUGUACUGUAUACCUCUGAUGUAUAAUUAGAGCACGGUUUAUUUCGUACAUACAUAUGUCACGAUUAUUGUUUAAGUUCCUUUUUAAAGUAUAUUUUAUCCAAAAACAAGUUAAUUUUCCAAAAACAAGUUAAUUUUUUCAAAAGCGAUUUCAUUUUUCAUCGUCAUUGUAACAAAACUUCAUAACGUUAUACUUUUCGCGAUGUUUCUCUAAAAUAUAAUAUUAUUGAGUUUUAUUAUCCUCAAAAAUGAAAUCGUGCUCGAGAACAUACGUGACUAUUCAUCAAACUAUCGGAUUUAAUCUUCUACAUUUAAAGAAAUACAUUCCGCCACAUAUUUGCCGAUUUCUCUUUUGUCAUCACUACCAUUUAUGAAGUGUGUAACAAUUUUGAAGUAUUAUUUAAUGAGCUUUUUGACAAAAUUAGAUCUAGACCUUUAACUCUUAGCUACCAUUUUAUUCCGACUUUUAACUUUUGUAAAUAAUAAACGCGAUUAUUCAUAUUUAUGAACAACAACUUUAAUUGACAAUAACUCAGUCACUUUUUGCUAAUAUACAUUUUUAACAAUGGUUGCUACUUUAAUCUAUUACUUAGAAUAUAUUAACACUUAAGUCUUUAUUUGCAUUUGGAAAUAACAAAAACAUGAAAUUUUGAAGCUUGCCUAACAAAAAAUUCCCCCAACAAUCUUUUGCGUAACUAUCAUGUUCAUUAACAUCUUUUAUAGAAUCGAAUCGAUCCUCACUCUCUUUUUAGAAUAAUUUUAUCCUGUACUGGUAAAAGUGCUAAACUUUAUCAUACAGAAACAUAUACAGGAAUACGGGAAAAUUGUUUAUACUAACGUAUUUAAAUACACAUUUUAUAGACAGAAAUACAAAACAGGGCUUAAAUGAAUACUUAUUUUAGCUUUAAGAUGCCUUUUUCUCAUAAGUUUUAAAGUUAUUGACAUUGUAAUAACGUAGUAAUUAUAAUAUAAUGGAUAUUGCAUAUCUAAUCGCCUGAAUUAACAUAACUACACAAUUGAAGUGGAACAACUAUCGCUAAUACGUCAUGUAUGUCAAAGGUCAUGCGUUACUGCAUAGUUGCAGAUUUCUUAACGCAUUUAGAGUCGAUUUUCCUAACUACUAAACUUUGUCGAAAAAUCCAUAAUUUAAGAGAAAAUAUAAUUAUGCGAUAUAUUCUGUAUACAAAUGCGCAUUUGGCAAUAAAUAAAUGAAUUAAAAGAGUGACAUGCUAUGUAUGUAUAUUUAUCUUACAAAAAAUAUAUAUUUUUGUUUAUCUAGAAUAUACAUUAUACAUUAACUCUAAUAGGUAACAUGUACAUAGAAAUAAAUACCUCAAGAUUGUUUACACGAUUCAUUUACGCCACUUACUUAUCAUUUGGAUAUUUUAGAUCAAAGUAAUUCCAAAUCAAAUCAGUAGUGAUGACAAUAUAUCGCGCAUAUACAUAUAACGAAAUAUAUGAGCGUAAUAGUUUAAUGUUUGUUAUACACUACACAUAAUUAUAUUGGCACAAAAAAAAUCUUUCCGUUUAUUAUCACCAUACAAUCUAAUUCGCUUUAUAAUAACACGCAAUUAUAUUUGACAAUAGACUUGGAUGACCUUUAAUGUUUCGUGGGUCAUUUCCUGAUUUGCAGAUUGCGUUUGAUUGUUAUUUUGUAUAUUAGUACAAAAUAUCUAACUUAUUUAGACUUUUAACACACACUUCUCGAUGUAAAAAUAUAUGGCAUAAUGUGCUCAUUAUAGAUACAUAUAUAUAUAUAUAUAUAUAUAUUUAUAAAUAAUCUGGACAUUUUUACAACAUACAUCCAGAUUACAAAUAAAUUUUAAAUGAUACCCAUCACGAAUUCGGUGAAAUGCGAUGAAGUAACAAUUAAUUGAUACAUUGUCUUUCGCAUUUCUCUAUUCGUGUGUUUUCCUUUCUUUUAUUUGCAACGACCACAUAAUUAAAUGCACUUUUGAAAAUUUCUAUCAGAUCUUUCAACUUUCUCAGCACUUUCAUUUGAAAGGAAAACAUUAGAUAUCAUGUAUUUCAUGCUAUUUUUGCAAACUGUGAUCCUGUGUUUAUUUUACUAAAAUUUCUUACUAUACAAAUAUUUCUUUAAAAAAAAUGCAAUGUUUAAAAUUUUCUGCCAUGCAGCCUAUAUUUCACAUACAGCAAUUUCAUAAAUUUAUAUAUCACAGGCAUUACAUUUGCAUUAAUAAACUAUAUCUAAUAUUAAUUUACAUUACAUAAGAGACUAAUGUAUUUUUUCUUCUUUUGUAUAUUGGGAUUGUAACACAAUGAAUGAAAAACUGAAAUCAACACGAUCUUACUUCUUGGAUGGAUAUAAUACACAUUCGCUUGACGUUGGAAUGAGAUGGAUUGCGUUUUGGAGGAUUUGCGGUACGGAGAGCAUAAAUUAUAAAAAGGAUUAAAAAACAUAGAUGAAAAUGAGAAUAGCGAAACAGGAUACUUUCAAGAGGAAAAUUCAGGAUCAGGAAAGAGAGAGAAAGGAUUCUCAGUUGCUGGCUCAGGAAACGUUGGCAAGUCCAUUACGAGGAGGCGAUGAACGCCAAUUAAUAUUUCUUUUUGAAACUAGUAGAAUCCCAGUUUUAAACUAAAGAUUUUUGUGUGUCGCUGUUUUAAAAGAGAAAGAUAACGGGAGUGAGACUUGCUCAUUAUGUUGCGUGCUUAUCAGGAUUAAAGUGCUUCGAAUUACAUAUUAUUUUCGUGUAUCGAUUUGAAAAGAAAAAGAGCAUUCUCUGCGCGUUUAUUAAUUUAUUUAUAGCAUCUGAGUAGUCAAACUAGUAAUGGAUUGUCAACUACAACUGGAUUCUGUUGGAAGCAUUUGGUUUAUGAUUCUAAAGUUUCUUGAACUUUAGUGAAGAUAAAUUUUUCGGAUCACACUCAUUAAGGACAAAUUUUCGGCACGAUAUUUAUUCUCUUCUUGACACAACGGAUAACAUCGAUAUUAGACUCAAUUUUGUUAGCUGUUACAAAACAUUUCAUAUUUAGUGUUAAUUUGAAAGGUGGAAGUGAUUCUUUGGAAAGACUGUCGCAUGCCCAAUAAUUGCAUAUUCGAUAAAAUUGGCGAUCUAAAAUCCAAUUAUCGAAAAAAAAAAAAAAACGUGUUUCCCAAUAACUGAUCGCUUUCUCAACCAAUCGUGACCGUCAAGUGCAUCUCUUUCUCGCGUAAUUGUAAACCACAGUGCGAAUCUUCAGGAUUUAACUGGCAUAAACAAGAGGAUGGUACGUUUGAGUAACGCAACCCUGUCUGUCAUCUUGACGGGAACCGGCUUCAUAAUUUUAGAGGAUCUUCGUGCGAACGGUACGACGGACAGGAUUCUCCGGAUAUGUUUGGAUUAGGACGCUGGCAGGAUUCGGAAACGGGAUAAAUUAGUAUGCAUGGACGGAUAUUUUUGGAUAUAAGGAUAAAAAAAAUUGCCUGCGCUGUAUUCAUCGGAUCGUGCAGAUCACUCGGAUUCAAUUAAAAAGAACGAUAUGCGAUGUGGAAGAAUGUGGAUUUGGAAACAUGGUAUCGUUCGCGCUUCAUAGGGUUCACGGAUUUAUCUCCUAGGUCGGAUCGGAUACGGAAUUUGGACUCGUGUUUAGCGGGAUCAAUUGACAAGAUUAUUUGGAUGUCAUUUUUCUCACGGAUGAAAUGAAAAGCGGAUGAGAUGGUGGCUUGCCGUAAGGUAUUUGUGCAAACAGUUUAUAUCUGAGAUACUAUCGAUAUUUAUUUCUGCAUGCUCUCUUCGAAAAUAUUCUUAUAUUCGAAUUUUCAUUUUUGUCACCAACAAGGCAAACGCAAUUAUUAGUAACACGCAACAUACAAAGCUUGCCUCGAUAAAAAUCUUAAAAUGUGUUUGCAUUAAUAAUCAGUCCUCCUUGUGUUCAGCUUCGUUCUUGUUGUGAAAUUUGUCAUCCAUAACUCACACGACAGAUCUCGCAACAAUAGCAAUAACUAGUUGAUAACAAAUUCUGCCUUUUUUGUUCGAUUAACAUCACAGAUAAGUAUAUUUUUAAUAUUUUAUAUGUUAUUUCUGUGUUAUACGUAUUAUAUAUUGUUCUUCUAUAGUUAAUUGUUACACGAACGAUGUGUAGCAAUAAGGAGACAUGAAUCUAUAACGGUCUCGCAUAGUGUGUAUUUAUCCACAGAUAUCUGAAACACGAUUGUUAAAAUUGAUAGUUUUAGAUAAAACGGUUUCUCUAUUGCGUAUAUUUUGUGAUAUAUUACAAAUUUAUUAUCUAUAUAUCUAUAUAUAUAUAUACGAGUAUAUAUAAUUUUAUUAUUCCGCGUAUUGUAUAUACUUAAGUAUUUUCUGCGUUGCACAAGACGUAUAAUUUAGGUACUUCACAACUAGGCACUAAAUAUAACACCAAUCGCUUCACACUUUCAUUAAAUAGGAUUCUCCUAACAUAUUGUCACUUCUAUGCAUUUCUUUUCUUAACAUAGUGCUCUCCCUCCCUCAGAAUUCUUGUGAGUUAUUAAACUGGCAAAUGAGACGAUUUUAAAAUAAAUAUAUAAAUACGA